CUCGUGCUGCAUUUCAAACACAGUGCAUGCAGUUCACCUUGCCCAGGGUACAGCAACUGUGGAAAGUGAGGCUCUGUCACAGUGUGAGGCCCUCGGCCACGCCCUGGGCGCCAGGCCCUGCCAGCCCAGCUGUCCCAGCCCGAACAGGUGGUGUAAGACAAUAGCCCCGCGGCUGAGAGCCGGCCAGACCCUCCGGCCGCCAACGGUCCAGCCAGCCAGACGCCUGCAAGCAGCCCGGUCGCCAGCCUCCACCAGCCCAGCCAGCGCCACACUCAUGGAGCCCCGGCCGCUCCUCCUGCUCCUCAGCCUCUGCUCAGCUGGCCUGGUCCUGGGCUCUGAGCACGAGACCCGUCUGGUGAAAAAGCUGUUCGAAAACUAUAACAGAGCGGUGCGGCCAGUGGAGGACCACCGCCAGGCCGUGGAGGUCACCGUGGGCCUGCAGCUGAUCCAGCUCAUCAACGUGGAUGAAGUAAAUCAGAUCGUGACAACCAAUGUUCGACUCAAACAGCAAUGGGUGGAUUCCAACCUGAAAUGGAACCCCGACGACUAUGGCGGCGUGAAGAAGAUUCACAUUCCCUCCGAGAAGAUCUGGCGCCCAGACUUGGUUCUCUACAACAAUGCCGAUGGUGACUUUGCCAUCGUCAAGUUCACCAAAGUGCUCCUGGACUACACUGGCCACAUCACGUGGACACCUCCAGCCAUCUUCAAAAGCUACUGUGAGAUCAUCGUCACCCACUUUCCCUUUGAUGAGCAGAACUGCAGCAUGAAGCUGGGCACCUGGACCUACGAUGGCUCCGUGGUGGCCAUCAACCCGGAGAGCGACAAGCCAGACCUGAGCAACUUCAUGGAGAGUGGGGAGUGGGUGAUCAAGGAGGCCCGGGGCUGGAAGCACUGGGUGUUCUACGCCUGUUGCGCCUCCACCCCCUACCUGGACAUCACCUACCACUUCGUCAUGCAGCGCCUGCCCCUUUACUUCAUCGUCAAUGUCAUCAUCCCCUGCCUGCUCUUCUCCUUCCUGACCGGCCUAGUGUUCUACCUGCCCACAGAUUCAGGAGAGAAGAUGACCCUGAGCAUCUCUGUGCUGCUGUCCCUCACCGUGUUCCUGCUGGUCAUCGUGGAGCUGAUCCCCUCCACCUCCAGCGCGGUGCCCUUGAUCGGGAAAUAUAUGCUCUUCACCAUGGUGUUUGUCAUCGCAUCCAUCAUCAUCACCGUCAUCGUCAUCAAUACGCACCACCGCUCCCCCAGCACCCACGUCAUGCCCGACUGGGUGAGGAAGGUUUUUAUCGACACCAUCCCAAAUAUCAUGUUCUUCUCCACCAUGAAGAGGCCAUCCAGAGAAAAACAAGACAAGAAGAUUUUCACCGAAGACAUUGACAUUUCGGACAUUUCUGGGAAGCCGGGGCCUCCGCCCAUGGCCUUCCACUCCCCGCUGAUCAAGCACCCCGAGGUGAAAAGUGCCAUCGAGGGUGUCAAGUACAUCGCGGAGACCAUGAAGUCAGACCAGGAGUCCAAUAACGCGGCUGAGGAGUGGAAGUAUGUGGCGAUGGUGAUGGACCACAUUCUCCUUGGAGUCUUCAUGCUUGUCUGUAUAAUCGGAACCCUGGCCGUGUUUGCAGGCCGGCUCAUUGAGUUACAUCAGCAAGGAUGAGCAGAGAGCUGAGCCGAGCCCAGCUCCGCCCCAGCCCCGGGCAGAGCAGAGAAAGGUGGGCAAACAGCAAGAUUUGUCCGCUUGGAUAUAAGCUCACUGAUCAAGCGUUUGAUUUUCUAUGUGUAUGAUUAACAACAAUAAUUUACAUUUGUAAGGUUGUGGCCUCAGAGUGUUUUCACCUUGCUUCUCCCCUCAGUCUCUGUCAGCCUGGAAAGUAAAAACCUUUCAGGAAAUCAAACUGGAUCGCUACAGUAAGUUUCCACCCCCAAUGACGUCUGGAAGAGUUUUGCCCAAAAUAGCUGAGGUUUUCUGUUGGUUUGUUUUUCUAUUUUUAUUGACUUAAGCAAAGAAUGUAUCCUUGGCUUAAAAGCCA